CUCCACAGCUCUGGGCACUGUUUCAGCCCUGCCCGGCCAAUUCUGUGCCCCCGACCCAGGGGCUCCCCGUGGCUCCAUCCCAUCUCCACGGCCUUGGGUGUGCGCCUCGAGCCCACCCUGCUCGGUGAGGGGGGGGGGCGUUGUCAGAGCAGCAAACCCGCCCUUCAUGUCCCCAAAACGCUUGGGGACAAGGGGACCCGUCGGCACGAGCACCUGGGUGCGUGCGCACCUGCUGCGUGGCGAUGGAGCUAAGCACGGAGACCCCAAAGGAGUGGGGUGUCUGCAGGGGGUGGGUGCAGGCAGCACCCUUGGGUGGCCCCUACACACCCCGAGCCGCCACCCCGGGGCAGCGCAGCCUCUUCUCUACGGCCUCCGCCGCUCAGCCUCCGCCUGCAGCCUCCGCACAUCCUGCGCCCUCCGCGAGGCCGCUUCCUGAGCGGGGCAGGAAGAGCGCGGGCUGCCACGGCGCCUCGCAGGGGAGCCCGAGACCCCCGGGUUGAGCCCCGGCCCCACGCAUGGAGGUGGCCGCCGGCCCCCCCUGAGCCCCCAGCCCCAUGGCUUUCCUCCGGAGGCUUUUCCGCUUGGGUCCGGAGAAGAAGAAGCCGAGGCGAUGCGAGCACGUCAAGCGGGACGUCGACCCCGAGGAGGCCUGGCUGGUGCUGGGCGAGCUGGGCGACGGGGCCUUCGGCAAGGUCUUCAAGGCACAAAACAAGGCGACGGGGGCGCUGGCGGCGGCGAAGGUGAUCGAGACGCCGAGCGAGGAGGAGCUGGAGGAUUACGCGGUGGAGAUCGAGAUCCUGGCGGGCUGCGACCACCCCAACAUCACCAAGCUCCUGGACGCGCUCUACUGGGACGGGCGGCUCUGGAUCUUGGUGGAGUUUUGUCCCGGCGGGGCCGUGGAUGCAGCGAUUUUGGAGCUGGAGAAGGGGCUGACGGAGGAGCAGAUCCGAGCGGCGUGCAAGCAGCUGCUGCUGGCGCUGCAGUACCUGCACGGCUGCAAGAUCAUCCACCGCGACGUGAAGGCCGGCAACGUCCUGCUCACCCUCGAUGGGGACAUCAAGCUGGCCGAUUUCGGUGUCUCUGCUAAAAACGCCAGCACCAUCCAGCGCCGGGCGUCCUUCAUCGGCACCCCGUACUGGAUGGCCCCGGAGGUGGUGCAGUGUGAGACAUCCAAGGAGAACCCCUACGGCUACAAGGCUGACAUCUGGUCCCUGGGCAUCACGCUGAUCGAGAUGGCCGAGAUGGAGCCCCCCCACCACGAGCUGAACCCCCUGCGGGUGCUGCUGAAGAUCGCCAAGUCCCAGCCGCCCACCCUGCGUCACCCCAAGAGGUGGUCUGAAGACUUUAAGGACUUCCUGAGGAAAUCCUUGGAGAAGAGCCCCGAGGCGCGCUGGUCGGCCACGCAGCUGCUGCAGCACCCCUUCGUGGCGGGCGUCUCCGACAAGCGGCCGCUGCGGGAGCUGGUGGCCGAGGCCCGGGCAGACGUGCUGGAGGAAGAGGAUGAGGAGGAAGCCCCGGUCCCCUCGCCUGUCCAGGAGCACGGAGACUCCUCUUGCCCCCCAUCCCCGAGGGAACCCCUGGAGCAUCAGCCCCCAGCCCCAGCGGGGGGGCUCGGCGAGAAGCCCCCCAUCCGGACGGAGGCAGUGCCCAGGAGCAAGACAGCGUCCGGCAACUCGAAGCCAGCGAGGAGGAAAUCCUCGCCCGUGCCCACGGGCUCCCUGAGGCUCCCCUCGAGGAAACCGUCCGAAUUCCUGAAGCUGAUGCGGCGCAGGUCGCUGUUCGGGGGGGUCAGGUCCCAAGAAACGGCUCAGGAGCAGCACGGGGGGGAGGCGAGCGGCUUGGAGAGGAUGGCGCUGGGUGCGCCCCAAGGGACGGCGGAGGCAGGAGACAUCCAGGGGUGCCAGCAGGAGGGGAGCGUCCCUCCAGGGACCCCCUGCACCCCAGCUGAGCCCCCCCCAGGGCCAGGCCAGGAGGGAGACCUUCCUGAAGCACAAGAACCCCGGCUUGGAUCCGAGGCUGAGGAGGGAAGCCAACACCCCGAUACAACCCCCAUGGAUGAAACGCCUGCGGAGGGACAGCUCGCAGCCCCGCUGCGCCCCGAGUCGCCCCCCGGAAUUGAUAAGAAAAAGGAAUUAAGUGAUGCUGCUGCUCGUAGCUCUCCCGUCCUGCCCGGGCCCCCAGAUGGAGCUGCGGGGGUGCUGGUUGAGGACCCAGGAGGACGGAGGACGAAGCAGCUCCCGGGCUGUGCUGGCACCCACGCCGAGCAGCGACCGUGGGGCGGCUCCCAGCUGGUGGCAGCCCUGGACCUGUGGCCCUUGGGGACCAAAGCCCAGAGCUUCAAGAAGCUUGCAGAGGAUCAGUGCUGGGUCUCGGCACCCUUGCGAGGUCCGAAAGUUGAGUCUGGCUCCACCAGGGCUGGAGGUGGCCCUGGGAAGGACGGGGAUGGAGCAGGGAGGGCACCCACGGGACCUGGGGGUGAUGGGGAGCCUGAGGACACCAAAACAGAGGGGGAAAGGGUGCUGCAGGAGGGGGCAGCAGUGGUGCCCCGUGCGAUGGAGGAGGAAGCCGUGGGGUCAGAAGUGCUCGAGGGGGGGCAGGAGCUCCCAACUGGUCAGGGAGAGGAUGGAGAGGGGAACGAGGGGGAGAAAAACUCAGCCGAGCGGGAGCCCAUCGCUGGCUCCUUGGCUCUGGUUAGGCAGGAGGUUGGGGGGGAGGAGGAAAAAGCCACCAACAGUGAUGAAACUCCGGUGGAAACUUCUCCUGGUGAAGCCCAGCUGGGAGAUGAUGGUGGGGAAGGGCGUUUGGCUGGAGACCCCAACGCAGCAGGGGAUGCAGCCAGCCUGGCCGAGCCGAAGCCGGCAGGAGAGGAGCUGGAAGCAGCCCCUGCAGGAGGGGGACCUGUCGGUGAGGGAGCCCAGCAUGCAGCAGGGGAUUCAUCCAGCGUGGAGAUCCCAGGAGACCUUAAAGAAGUAGAAGAGAAAGCAGAAAACAGCCCCAGAGACGGCCAGCCAGGGGCUGCUCACGGGAACGGCUGCAGAGGACACGAUGGGGACAAUGGAGAGCUCGGGAAUGGGGCACGGCUCGGGGAUGGGGCACAGCUGAGGGAUGGGGCACAGCUCUCUCCAGCUCCUGGAAAACCUUUGAGGGAUGGACCUGAGGAGGAGGUGGGCGGCUUGGAGAGUAACGGAGCGGUGCCAGAGCCCUUUGGAGCACACCCAGAGGCCACGAACACCUCGAGCUUUGCUGCUCUUGUCCACUCCUCUGCCCAGGUGCGGGCAGGGUGGGAAGGGGACGCACCGGACCCCUCCGUCACGUCAAAGCAAGGAGCAGAGCCACCUCCCGCAGAAAACUCUACAGCCGUACAAGGUCCGAGCACCCUCCCCGUGACAUCGCAGCCCUCUCCCUGCGUCGGGAAAGCCCAGCAGCCACAGGACCCCCCCUCGCUGCGAAGGACGGUGAGGAAAACCCGCAGGUUCGUGGUGGACGGGGAGGAGGUGAGCGUGACGACCGCCAGGACGGCCAGCAGGGCCGGGCCGAGGGACGAGAAGACGCGCUCGGCUCGGCGCCAGGAGCUCCGCGAGCUGCGGGUGCUGCAGAAGGAGGAGCAGCGGGCACAGAGCCAGCUGGAGCAGAGGUUCCACCAGCAGCGGGAGCAGAUGUUCCGCCACAUCGAGCAGGAGAUGACGAGCAAGAAGGAAUACUACGACCGGGAGGUGGGGAGCUGGGAGCGGCGCCACCGGCAGCUGAAGGAGUGCCAGGAGCUCAAGUACACGGCCAGGCUGCGCGACGAGGCCAAGCGCCUCAAGGCCCUCCAGGAGAAGGACUGCAGGAGGAGGCUGCAGGAGCUGAAGGGCGAUGGGAAGGAGGUGAGGGUCCGGGACGGUGCUGUCCCCCCCCCGGCCGUGCCACCAGGACAUGUGCCACUGGGGACCAUCUGCUGUGGGUGGCCGCAGGAGCAGCGGUUCCUGCAGCAGCAGCAGCAGGAGCUCAACGCGGCGCUGCAGAGGGUGGUCCAGGAGCACAAGAAGAAGAUGACGUCCAUCGACUGGGAGUGCAUCAGCAAGAUCCACAGCCUCCGACGAGCCCGCGAGGCGGUGGUGUGGAGCAUGGAGCAGGGGCACCUGCAGGAGAAGUACCAGCUCUUCAGGCAGCAGGUGACGGAGCAGCACGCGCUGCAGCGGCAGCAGCUCCGCAGGCGCCACGAGAAGGACACGGAGCGGGCGCACCGCUUCCACCAGCUCUUGCUGGAGGAGCUGAGGAGCCAGCAGGCCCAGCAGCGGGCCCAGCUGCUGAAAAGCCAGCGCUGCGACGCCAAAACGCGCCUGGCCCUCUUCAAGGGCAACCUGAAGAGCCAGGAGGUCAACGGGGCCGAGCAGAGAGAGCUGGCCAAGCAGUUCCUGCAGCAGGAGGAGAGGAGGCAGCAGGCGGAGGUGCAGUGGCAGCAGGAGCAGCAGGCGCAGGAGCUGCAGCAGCUGCAGCAGCAGCAGGCCGAGAGCUUGGUGGAGCUGGAGCAGAUGCAGAGGGACAAGAUGCAGCUGCUGGAGGAGCAGGAGAGGAGGCAGCUGGCGCGGCUGGACGAGGAGCACGCCAUGGAGCUCAGCGAGUGGAAGCAGCGGCUGGCUGCCCGCAAGGAGAUGCUGGAGGAAGAGCUGGGGAACGCGCUGCCGGCACAGCGGCACGGAGAGCUGCACGGCACCCACGUCCGCGGCGGGACCAGCCGCUUCUUCCACCUCCCCUCCUGACACUACGCCGGGGGUUUCGGGGAGAGGCAGGCGUCCUCCGGGAGCUGGGAAUGAAGGACCCCAAAGGCUGCCCCGGGAUGCUGAGGUGCUGCACGGACCACAGGGGUGGCAGGCGUGGGAGCGUUCAAGCCCUCCUCGGUCCCUGCCAUGCCCUGAAGCCCCUCGGGGAAGUCACCCCCUGACCCCAAAGCCACGGAUACAGGGGCAUUGACCUCCUGCCAGCUGGUUACCCCUCGAGGAAAUACAGCCUUUAACAAAG